AUGGAAGCGGAAGCAUGUGCAGAGCGUUUUCUAUGGUGCUUCGCCCGCUACCACUGGUGGCCCGACGCUAUAACGAGCGAUAGGGGCUCGAAUUGGGUAGGCCGCUUUUGGAGGCACAUGUGCAAGUUACUGGGGAUCGACCAGCAGCUAAGCACGGCGUACCACCCCCAAACCGACGGAGGCCCUGAGAGGAUGAACCAAGAAGUACAGGCAUACCUCCGCGCCGUGAUUAACCAGAACCAGAACGACUGGGAUAAGUGGGUUCCCGCGGCUCAGAUGGCGUUAAACGGUCGGGUCAAUACCUCUAUAGGGAUGUCCCCAUUCUUCGCUAUACACGGCUAUGAGCCGAAGUCACCAGUUCCCCUCGUUACGGAAGCAUAUGCGGAAGAGUAUCCUCAGCAUUCGCCAGAAACCAGGGCAAAGAAAUUUGUUACCCAGUGUUGCUAA